AUGCAUUGUGAGCUUUCGCAAAGCAAGGGACAACUGCAAACAACAAAAGGACACAUUAAGAGUGCAAUUCGGGGGGAACUUGAGAACAAAAAGAAGAUUAAUUAUGAGCAACUGAAAUUUCAAUUACAACAAGAAAAGGAACUUCAAGAGGUGAUGAUAAUGAAAGAACAAGCUGAAGAAUGGUUGAAGAAGAAAGUAGGACUGCAAAUGCAAAGUGUAGCAACAGGGGGUGUAACAGCUGGCACAACAAAACUCGAUCUACAGUUAAGCUGGAAAAGCACACUAUAAUACAGGGGAUUACAUGGACUGGCUGAGAUUCUGGAACCAGUUUACAGUAGAAGUCAAAGACACCAACAUUUCGGAUGUGAGAAAAUUUCACUAUCUGUUAGAGUUAGUAAAAGGGAAACCCUGAGAGGACAUUUUGGGUUUACCCAAUACAUCAAAUGGUUAUAAGGAAGCAAAGAAGACACUCAUAGAAAAAUAUGGCAAGGAUACAAAAGUCCACAAAGCACUCAUAAAAGAUUUGGUAAGUCUUCACACUAUUACCAGCAUUCACAAACUCAAUUUGAUUCAUGAUUUUUACAACGAUGGGAAAAUUGGAAACAGCGCAAAGUGUGGUGUACACAUUAAUGGACAAACUAGGCCCUGUGUGAGAGGUCCUGGUUCAGAAGGAUGACAAGUGGGAAAGCUGGGGAUUAACCGAACUAGUGGAGCACUUACACAAGUUUGUAAAUUGAAACCCUAUUUGUGCAGAAGAGAAUGAAGCAUCUGGAAAACAAGAUUGGAAGAAGAGAGGUCGUUGGGGUGAUCGUGAAAAACUACUCUUUGGUAAUGAUGGUGAAAGAAACAAGAAAAAACAGUGUAUUUACUGUGAGUCGAAGGAACAUACAGCUAUCAAUUGCACGAAGAUAUUAGAUGUUGCUAAGCGACGUGAGAUUCUAAAGCAGAAGAAUUCCUGUUACAAUUGUGCAACCCCAGACCAUUGA